AGUUUGUCAUUUGAUUUUGUGUGAAAAAUAUUCUAAACAUGGGUCGUAAGGGUAAAGCUAAUCCUUUUGCUGCUAAAAAACGUCAAAGGCGUGAAAAUCAAGGUAAAGACACACGUCCCCAAGGACCAUAUGAGGAAAUUGUACGGGACAAUGAAGCCUUCCUCAAGUACUAUCACAUGCAAAACAUAUGUGCCGAUGAACAGGAAUGGCAGCAAUUUUUGGCUUCCAUACGUGAUAAUUUGCCGGCUACCUUCCGUGUAACAGGUUUCAAGGGUGAAGCCAAAGCCUUGUUGGACAUAAUUGAAAAAGAUUUGUUUACCGAGUACAUUAAAGGUGUGGCAGAGUUACGUGGAAAAUCCGUAGAUGAAGUAGAGAAACCAUUGUGUUUGCCCUGGUAUCCCAAUGGCAUGGCAUAUCAAUUGGAUUUAACCCGCAAAGAUAUCAGAAGAUCAGAACCUUUGUAUCGCCUGCAUAAUUUCCUUAUUAAUGAGACAAAUGCCGGUGCCAUUAGUCGUCAAGAGGCGGUAUCUAUGAUUCCACCACUUGUAUUGGAUGUUAAACCCACCGAUAAGGUUUUGGAUAUGUGUGCUGCACCUGGCUCAAAGACAGCCCAAUUGAUUGAGGCUCUGCAUGCCGAACCGGAGAAAUAUAAAAUACCACCUGGUUUUGUUUUGGCCAAUGAUGUGGACAAUAAUCGCUGCUAUAUGUUGGUGCAUCAGGCCAAACGUUUGAAUUCACCUUGUUUUGUUGUCACAAAUCAUGAUAGUGCAUUCUUCCCGAAUUUGUUGCAAACUGAAAGUGAUGGCAGCAAAUCUAUUUUGAAAUUUGAUAAAAUCCUUUGUGAUGUACCCUGUUCCGGUGAUGGUACUCUACGUAAAAAUCCUGAUAUUUGGGGAAAAUGGAAUUUGGGCCAAGCCUAUAAUUUGCAUGGUGUUCAAUACCGCAUCACCCGCCGUGGUGCUGAAAUGUUGGAAGUUGGCGGCCGUCUAGUAUAUUCCACCUGCUCCCUGAAUCCCAUUGAAAAUGAGGCUGUGCUGCAGCGUAUUAUUGCCGAUUCCAAUGGUGCUUUGGAAAUUGUAGAUGCCUCACAUUUAGUGCCUGGUUUGAAAUACAUACCCGGCAUGACUAAAUGGAAAUUGGCUUCCAAAGAGGUUGAUGAAACCUACAGCAGUUUCGAAGAAGUUCCUGAAAAAUAUCACACCAUUAUUAGGCCAAAUAUGUUCCCAUUGCCAGACAUAGAGAAAUAUGGUUUAGAGAAGUGUAUUCGUGUCUUACCUCAUUUACAAAAUUCUGGUGGAUUUUUCGUAGCUGUUUUACACAAAAAAUCCCAGCUGCCAUUUGAGAAAAACGAUGUUAAAGAUUUGGUGGAUAAACCCAAACCUGAAGUAAAACUCGAUGAAGAGGGCAAGCCCAUUGAAGAGAAAUCUGUACCCUGGGGACCCCAACGCAAACGUAGACGUCUACAUGGCUACAAAGAAGAUCCUUAUGUUUUCUUCGAGGAGAAUGAUGCUGAUUGGUUGGAAAUUAAGAAAUUCUAUGACUUGGACGAUUCAUUUAAUAGUCGUUGCCUGCUGACACGUUGUAUUACCGAGAAAAAGAAAAACAUUUACUAUUGUUCGGAAUUAAUUAGGGAUUUGGUAUUACUCAACGAGAAUAAUAUUAAAAUUAUCAAUACGGGUGUGAAAUCAUUUGUACGCUGUGAAAAUCGUCAUACCCAACAUCCAUUCCGUUUGGCUCAGGAAGGUUUACAGACAACAAAUGCCUUUGUGGGACCCAGUCGUCGUAUUGUGGUGGAAAAGGAAGAUUUAAUUUUACAGUUAAAUUGUACAGAUCCAACAAAACCUCCCUCGACAACAGAGCUGAAAGAAGCAACCCAGCAGAGGUGUAAGGAAUUGAGUGUGGGUAGUUGCAUUUUGAAAUAUAGUGAUGAACGCUUUACCCUACACAUUGUUGGCUGGCGUGGUACCUCCAGUUUACGUGCCUAUGUUGAUAGCAGUGAAACCUUGCAUAUUUUACGUUUACUUGGUGCUGAUAUUAGUAAAUUUGAGGUUAACAAAUAUGAAAAAGCCAGAGAAGCUGCCGCUGCCUUGGCUGCUGCCGAAGAUGUAGCCGAGGAUGUUGCCAAGGCUGCUGAAGAGGUUUUGGAGGAAGUAGAAAAUGAUAUGAACGAUACAGCAAUAACAGAAUAAUUUAUAUAGGUUUUAU